AUGGGCUCAGAAGGCACUCACCAGGGCUCUUCGGGUUCUGCACGUGGUUUGCGAGAAUUUUGUGUCUCCAGACAUCGUUCUAGCCAGGAGUUUCCAGGCAGUUUUAGUCCUUUUCAUCCAAAACAGGCCUCUUCCCUCCCCUCGAGCAACCCCAGCUCCUCAGCUGGUCAGAGAAGCUUGAACCCGGCAUCAGAGUCCAUCGGCGUCUUGGGUUUCCAACGCGCUACAACAACUGCAACAAACCAGCUGCCCCUACCUGACGCCGGCACCUUCUUCACCGCUUCACCAGCAAAAGGUCCGUCUGCCCAAAAUGUCCCGCUGCCACUGCGGACCAAAAACCAGCCUCAAUCAGCUUCUUCCAAAGACGCAACAGUAUCAGCAGAACAUCAGGAUGACGUUAUCAUGGCUAUUAAUGUUGAAAAUGGCGGCAAUCUCGGUUGCGCUUAUUACACAGCCACUGAAGAUAGUCUCUUUCUUUUGCAUGAAGGGGCUUGCACCGAUUCUCUACAGUUGCUGGAGAAACUAAUGCUUUACGUCGACCCUACAGUAGUGUUGUUGCCCCUAAAUGUAUCCGAUGAAGUGCUUCAUUUUUUUGAAGAUCACAGGACCAUCAUAGACCACAGCAAUGGCAAUAGGAACCAUUAUGUUCUUCGUACGCUUGGAUCAAAUGAUUUUAACUACACCGUAUCUGUGGACAAACUUACAAGCCUACCCUUGAUUUGUUCAGGACUAGCUCGAAUAACAACUGCUGCGUACCGCUGGUCGAGCGGUGGCAUAGAAGAUGAGUGUGAGAACAUUAAAGUAAUGCGACUAGGGUCUUUCAUUGACCUUGACUGCAAACUAUCUGUCGCUUGUGCGGGCGCCAUCUUAGGGGAUAUCAUCCGCGUGCGUAACACAGAGCCUUGCAGUUUAGGCAGAACCAUUGCUGGUCUAGUUCGGAUGUUCACUCUUUCCGAAUUCAUGUUCGUUACCAAAGAUACCCUUUCUUCGCUUCAGAUAUUCCAGUCCGAACUUGAUCCCAAUAAUCUGAUAUCUGGCGCAGCGACAUCUAGUUCUAGCUCAAAGGAAAGUUUGUCCCUAUAUGGUAUCUUUCACCCCUUACUAGGCACACCUCAGGGAAGGAGGAAACUGCGACAGAUAUUUACCCGCCCCUUGAUCAACCUUGACGAGAUUCGGGAGAGACAGAAAACCAUUGCAGUUUUUCUUCGGCCCGACAACUCUGAUACUUUGUCGAGUAUGUUCAGAGUCUUAAGAAGGGUUCAGGACAUCCGGAAGACAUUGAAACAGUUGCAACGGGGUGCAGUUGCCCCAACUGGCGGUGCGUCUGUUGAUUGUGGAGUUUGGCGAACUUUGACUCAAUUUUCAUUACAUUCUCUGCACCUUAGGGAUGCUGUACUACAGCUACGUCACGCACAUGACCUUGUUGCUGUGCAGCAAGUUAUCGAAGGGAUUCCUGUCAGCGCCAUGAAAGGCAUUAGAGAAUUGAUAAGGUCUGUGGUUGAGUUCGACGAGGCGAAAGUUAGCACGCGGGUUGCAGUGAAAUCGAACGUAGAGCCGCAGCUUGACCGUUUGAAACACAUCUACCAUGGCCUAGACUCUUUUCUUACCGAUAUUCGCACGUCCAUGUCACGGGAGUUCCCAGAGUGGGCUCGAGAGUGCGUGGUCGGUUGUGUGUUUUGGCCUCAGUUAGGUUUCUUUACUGUUGUCUCUCUCCGCUCCGAUGGUACGGCAGCCUACGAAGGACAAGGACUUGAAGAUGACAAGUGGAAGAUUAUGUUUGUUGCCAACGGCAAUGGGUAUUGCAAGAACCGCCGGAUGACAGAAUUAGAUGCCCAACUGGGCGACCCUUACUCUGCGAUUAUCGAUUUAGAGGUUCAAAUUCUUCAUAACCUUGCUUGUCGUGUGUUGGAGCAUGCAUCUGUACUCCUGCGAGCAGCUGAUAUUUGCGGAGCACUUGAUUGUUUAGUAGCGAUGGCACGUGGGGCUCAAAAGUAUGGCUGGAUAGCCCCAACAAUGACUGCCGACAAUAUUAUUGCUAUACGAGGAGGGCGCCAUCCACUACAGGAAUUGGCCGUGAGUUCCUUCAUCGCCAAUGAUUGCAACUUGAAGGGAGGCUCCGAUAGCCCACCGGGUCAAUAUACAAGAUCGGACCUCAACAGUAUCGACACUACGACACUCGUUAUUACUGGUCCAAACCUCUCAGGAAAGAGCGUGUAUAUCAAGCAGGUCGCUCUGAUUGUAUAUCUCGCCCAUUUGGGUAGCUUUGUCCCUGCCGACCGCGCCACUAUUGGAAUCACUGAUCAGCUUCUUACUCGCAUCUCAACCCAAGAGAGCAUCUCACAGGCGGAAAGUGCUUUCGGUGUUGAACUGCGGCAGAUAGCCUUCUUAAUAAAGCGCGCAACGUGUCGCAGCCUUGUGGUAGUAGAUGAGUUUGGCAAAGGAACGACGCCCGAUGAUGGUUCCGGGCUUAUGGCUGCUCUGAUCGACCAUCUUACCACGCUCAAUAUCCAUAACCCAAAAGUCCUCGUAACAACGCACCUUCAUGAGGCUCUCAAGUAUCUUGGGGAUAGGUCAGGUCUAUCAGUUUCUCACAUGAAUGUUCGCCUCGAUUUGCGAGCUAAAAGAGAUAAUCAGAUUGUGUUUCUAUACGAAUUGGCAAUGGGUCAAAGGACACUUGGCUUCAGUAACGCUUGUGCAGCACUCAAUGGGGUUGAAGGGGCAGUAAUCGAACGGGCGGAAAUGAUUAUCCAGCUUUUGGCACACGACGAAGAUGUUAAGGCGACAUGUGCUAGGCUGAAUGUCGAGGACGAGUGUCGUCUUGAAGAGGCGGAAAGGACUGCGCGAGACUUUCUUCAGCUCUCUCUCCAACGCUUUUCUAUGCCUCAUUACUUUGAUGGAUCGAGGGCAGCGAGGGAUCGGGGUGAGGCCAUUCGUGCAUCGCUUGGAAGCUUGCUGGUACCUAACCGUGGUGACCAAAGGGAGUAA